AUGCUCUGUGUGCGUAAAACUAUACCAUGGACUCGCACAAUUGGAUUCUCUUCACUUGUAAUUCAACAGAGAAGUUUCACCAAUACCAAUUCUCGAUUAUAUGUGGCAGAAGAACAUGUUAACAUUGACACGAAUGGCACCUUUUGGGAAGAAUAUAGGAGUAGUUUCACUCUUCCGACGGCCACGCUCGAUCUAUCACAACCAUGGAACGGCGAAAACAUUGGCCAAAAAGUCACCGUCACUGGGUUCCUGCGCAAUAAGAAGCAGAUGGGUAGAGGUUUCAAAUUUGCUAGAAUAAGUAGAGGGUCUUUGGCGGAUGCAGGAAUCCAGAUUAUAUUGAAAGAGAGCUCCGAAGAAGGGGAGACUGGAGAAGUCUUCAAAAGCCUCAAGGAACACAGCGCUGUGUGUGUGACAGGAACUCUGCAGUAUAAGGUAAAGAAGCCAGCUCAAGCGGUAGAAACUACACAUAAACUACGGUCUGCACAGUUUCCUUCUACGAAGGAAAUCGUAACCAUUGCAGACCUUGAGAUCCACGUCGAAGACGUAAGAGCAAUCAAUUCAUUUCCCAAGGACAUUAUUGUUGGACCUGCUCAAAAGUUUGGGCCUCAUUCCAGACAUCUUGAGGUUCGGUUCGAACCAGAUCUUUAUAAAAGGUUAUUGUUUCGGUCAGAGCUAGCUAGAUUAGUUAGAAGACAACUUAACCAUAUGGCGUUUGAUGAAAUCGAGACCCCCAUCUUGUUCAAGUCAACUCCUGAAGGUGCAAGAGAAUUCCUUGUUCCUACUAGAAAACCAGGUUAUGCGUAUGCUCUACCGCAAAGCCCACAACAAUACAAGCAAAUUUUGAUGGCAAGCGGCGUUGCCAAAUAUUUUCAAUUUGCUAAAUGCUUUCGGGAUGAGGAUCUUCGUGCGGAUAGGCAGCCAGAGUUUACUCAGAUUGAUAUGGAAAUGUCAUGGACUGAUGGUCCAGGUGCCAUGGAAAUAGUCGAAAGUCUCGUAAAAGUCAUGCACGAACAGAUAUCGCAUGAACGAGUAGGAGUUCUUGAUAAUCCUGAAUUACCAGAGGGAUGUUUCCCAAGAAUGACAUAUGAGGAAGCCAUGUCAAAACAUGGGUCUGACAAACCCGAUCUCAGAAUUCUGGACUUGAUUCAUCGCGUGGAUUCAAUUGUUCCCGGAAACCUUAAGGGAAUGAUGACCUCGAUCGAGAAUCCUAUAAUCGAAGCUUGUAAAUUCCGGCUUAGUGGCAAUCCUAGGAAGGUACAACAAUUCAUCCGCAAAUUUAUGGACUCUGCAGACGCCGAACCCUUUCAGAAAAAUCCAGAUGGCCCUCCAGGAAUUUUUGUGUUCGAUCCUAAGAGACCAUUAGAAGGUCUCCAAGCAUUUGGCUUUGAAGGUAAUGAGGGUCUGAGAGACUUAUACUCUUCACUUCCAUCUUCCCCAUGCAAUAAGAACGACCCACGGGGACCUGAUGCCACAUCCACUUUUGAUGAAGGCGAUUUGAUUAUCCUCCAAGCGCGACCUGAUACUCGUCACUCGGGCGGUUCUACUAUUCUAGGUAAACUUCGACUCGCAAUCUACAAAGCCGCCAUCUCCGAACAACUUCUUGCUCCUACUCCAGGACUCCAUUAUCUCUGGGUCACAGACUUCCCACUGUUUACUCCUAAUACUGCCGACCCAAGCGAUCCUGGUCAAGGCGGUACCUCAGGAUUUUCCUCUACUCACCACCCAUUCACCGCCCCUAAAACCGCCCGCGAUGUCGACCUUCUACUCACCGACCCUCUCACGGCCGUCGCUGAUCACUAUGAUCUUGUACUUAACGGUGUUGAACUCGGCGGUGGCUCAAAACGUAUCCACUCAGCCGAAAUUCAAAAAUUCAUCAUGCAAAAGGUAUUACAAAUGAGUGACGAAAGAAUGUCAGAUUUCAACCAUUUGUUCGAAGCAUUAAGAGCCGGGUGUCCACCACAUGCUGGGUUUGCUAUUGGCUUUGAUAGAUGGGUUGCAGUAUUGACAGGAAGAGAGAGUGUUAAGGAUGUCAUAUUCUUCCCAAAGGGAAACAGAGGGGAAGAUGCCAUGGUAGGAAGUCCAGGAUUGGUCACGAAGGAGCAGGAGGAGAUUUAUGGCUUGAAAUCCAGAUGA